AUGGAGUCUGUGAGGGCAGACAUGCUUGACCCUGCCCAAACUGUUCCUGUCCAGAUGAACCUUGUGCAAACUAACACUGUCCAAAGCGACAUUGUGCAGACUGAAACUGACCAGACUGACCUUGUCCACACAGAAAUGGUUCGUGCAACUGAAACUGUGCAGAGGGAUUUUGUCCAGACUGAAACUGUGCAGACCGACUUUGUUCAGACUGAUAACCAGACUGAAACCGUGCAGACUGAGACACUGCUGAGACUGAUUUUGUGCAAACUGAAACAGUGCAGACGGACUCUACCUUCAUUGAAACUGUGAAGAACGAAAUUGUCCAGUUGAACUUUAACCAGACUGAAACCGUUCAGACAGACCCUGUCCUGACUGAAACAGUUUAUACAGUCCAGACAGACACUGCACAGAUGGAACCAGUCCACAGUGAAACUGUCCUUACCGACAUUAUGCAGACUGUGACUGUGCAGAGGGACCCAGCCCCAACUGACUUCACAGAGAUUAUUCAGACCGACAUGUCAACCACCAAUGAAACCGAUGUGGUACCCACCAAUGACACUGUCAAUGUGGUCAGUGUAGGGCUGUUGCGGUGACCGUAUUACUGCCACACCGCCGGUCACGAGUCAUGAAGGCAGUCAAAUUCUACAUCACCGUUUUGUCAUGGUAAUUAGGCUUCUUCAAGCUCUGAUGCUGCUGCUGGUCAUUUAAUAGCCUACCAAACAUGCUAACUGCCUGGUACUCAGCACUCUAUUGUCCCUCUAAUCACUCUGACAUCAAUGCAAAUGUCGAAAAUCUAAUCAAACACUUAAUUAGAGCCCAUGAGCUCAUGUUGUGCAACAUUUCUAUAGGCUAUGCAAUUGUGCGAGAAAACAGAGUGAUGGCCUCUACUAAAAAGAGGAGGAUCCCAUCAGCUUUCUAUAGGCUAGGCCUACUUUAUUUAUUUCUCAACUUUCCUAAUAUUAAGCACAUUGUUUAUCUUUACAACAGGAGUAUAGCCUACCUGGCUGGCAUGAAAAUCAACCACGGAAAGCGUCCUCCAUUCGCUAUUUAAAUGCAUAGAUGACAUGUAUUUUUCCCCCACUGCCCCUGUUUCGAGACAGGUGCAUGAUAAUGGUCCAUUCUAAAUCAAAACAAAUUUCACACAUAUUAUUUAGUAUAUGUAAAGAAGAUUAAAUCAAGAAUUGUCUGAUUGGUGACAAUAUUAGCCGAUCACUUGUGAAUAAUAUAUGAUCACUUUAGAGCCUAACUGGCAUACAUAAGCAGCGCAUGAGUUUCAAGUUUGGGGAAGAUAAUCUUCACCAUAAAAAUGCACCUUUGUAAUAAUAUAAGCAUUACAUGCAUAAUCGCAUUUGAAGUCACUUUUGAAAAUUGUGUUUUCCUGCUAAUGGAACAUUCACGCUUAUAGCCUACUGCCAUGUGCGCAUUGCUGCGCUUAUAAUGUGAAGAAAUAGCCUAAAAGUAUAUCAACAUUUUAAGCUAAAUGUAACAUCAGUGCAUGGCUCUCUGUAGAUUUCCGCAGGUGUCUUUGCUUCGGAUGCCCAUCCCUUGUCGGUGCUCCGCCAUCCCGCUUCCUCCCAGGGGUCAAAGGGCAGGAAACUGUCAUUCAGGUGAUCCAGACGGACGUGCCGGUAAGGCCAACUGUUUGGUUUCACCGACUGCAUAUGUUAUUGGUUUGAAUAUGUUAAUGUCACAUUUUCUUGCUCACACUGGUUUAUACAUCCUCCAGCAGCCAGAGUCUCCUUGCUCCUCCAUGUUGAGCCCAGACAGUCUGAGGCGCACCCCAUCCCCCCAGCUACGCCCUCUCCUGGCCAGGAGGAAACACUGCACAGCAUGUAGGACGUGAGGGAAGCUCACCCUGUGUCGCGUGUGGACGGGGCUUCCACAGGGAGUGUGUGUCACAUUCCACCCAUCUGUGCCUUAUCCGAGUGAGCUUGUUUUAAUUAACCAAGUUAAUUGCAUUCUAAUUCUAAUCCCCCCCAAUGAACUGUUAAGUGUGAUUCUCAGCAUAUUAUUUUAACUUAUGUAUUACUUAAAUAAUGUAUGUCUUAUUUCAAUCUGUAUUGUAUAUUGACCUCUAAAAAUGUGGGCUCCUGUGUGGAAAGAUGUUUCACUGUGGGCCCAAAUAAAGCAUUGAGAUUUGUCUCUCUGCAUUGGCCUGAUGUGUGUGAUACUGCUCACCCAGUGAGGGCUGGCAGUGUAUGCUGUGGCGGGACCUCUCUGAUCUGGCAGAGCUGCAGGACUACAGUGGGACCAACAGGGAACUGUGUAUGAGCCCUCCUGACCAAAUGGUGAGCCUUUUACUUCACAGAGCAUGUCUGGGCAUGUCUGCUAGCUUUCACUUGAAUAUGUGCAUCUGGGUACAUAAGACUGUGCAUGCCCAGUUCUCUGUCUGAGCAUGUCUACGCAUGUCACAUUUAGUACUUAUUGACCCUGACUCUAUUUUAGUGGAGAUGGUCUGCUUUUUUUAAAAAGACACAGGGGUAGAAUCAGAAUGUAAACCAUAUAUUUCUGAUAUGACUGGAUCUUGAUUGGUUAUUUUAACCCAAACUCAUCGUACCCACCGUUUUUUAGUCUGGCCAUUAAAUCACCAAUCAAGAUCCAGUCAUAUUGCUUCUGUUAGUUUGUCCACUCCAAGGUGUUUGUUUGUCCAGUGUAGUCUACAGCGAUGGUUCACACACACACACACACACACACACCCCACUGCAGACCAGUGUUUCCCAACUCCAGUCCUCAAGCACCCCCAACAGCAUACAUUUUUGUUGUAGCCCCAGACAAAGUCACCUGAUUCAACUCAUUGAGGGCUUGAUGAUUAGUUGACAAGUUGAAUCAGGUGUGCUUGUCUGGGGCUACAACAAAAAUGUAUGCUGUUGGGGGUGCUUGAGGACUGGAGUUGGGAAACACUGGUCUGCAGUGGGGUGUGUGUGUGUGUGUGUGUGUGUUUGUGUGUGAACCAUCACUUACUCUUUGGGGUAGACCCUACAGAGAUGUGAGCAACUACUGCUUGUCCUUUCAUGCAAAAGUACAGCAUUGUCCUCUACAGACCAGCAAAGGUAAUCGACAAAUGCAACUUACUGCAUUUAUGCAUACACAUCCUUAGCAUCCCUCUUUUAGUAUUGCCAUAGAUAGUGUUAGCUAUUAGAAUGUCACACAUAAUUACAUGAUACUUUUAAUAUUGAUAUGAAUGUAAUAUUAAUAAAAAAUAUAAUGUUGGUGACGGUCCUAACUUUUUUCCUGCAAUGUUUAUUGCCAUGUAGGUUGCAGACAAAUGACUAGUCCCUUUAAUGAAGUAUGACUUUGUUUUUCAAUUGUGUGUGUUGGAUAUACUGUAUACAAUUACAGUUUGAUGUUAGUCAGUUGUCUUGCAUUGACUCUAGAGAAAUAUUGUAUUUUGACUCUCUCCCUCUCCUUAGCUCUCUUCCUGGUCUUCUCAUCGACAUCACCUUGAUACGGGGACGGUUGCUGCGGAAACUGCUCCCCCCCCCCCCCCCUUAUCGCACCCCAUGUCUGGCUUCUCCUCCACACACUGUUGAAGAGCGUGAAGGUGAGGAGACUCACAGUGGAUGUGUCCAUGACUCAGCACCAUGAUUUGCCUAUAGAGAAAUAUUACGGCUACAGUUGCAUAUGUAGGCCUUCAUUUCCAAAUGAAUGGCUGUUUUCUUUAGCGAAAUCCCCUAACUCCUACCUUUCCUGUAAAUUGUGAAACAAUUUGUCAGAGCUUUGGGAGUUGGAAAGCAGUAUUCUAUUGCUGUCUUUAGUCAUCAAUAUAGUGAUAUGGAUCUCACUUUGUUGUUCUUGUCCUUCAUUACCCUUUCCUCUUUUUCCUCAGUAUUCCAAGUCCCUGGACCGACUUGAGGCAUGUUUCGGGAAGGAGCUGGGCAAAACGUUCGAGGGGAUCCUUCACCCUUCGCUGCUCGUCAACCCCCACCAAAGGGAAGCGGAGUGUGGAGUGGAGUGCAGAACAAGAGGGGGACAAGGAGAA